AACCCUCUCCUGGUCGUAACCGGAGACGGCUGUAGCGGAGACUGUUGUGAGUGCUGCUGCAGAAGCCGGGUAGCCCUUCGCGUCUUCAUCUCCUCGGCUUCCUGGAGUCGCGACUGCCUCCGCUGCCGAGACCUAAGGUAUGUGACGCAUUCCCAGACCCUCCAGCCAACUCAGCAUCAGCUACUUCUCUGACUGGGUCCAGAUUAAGGUCUUCCCAAGACAGACUUCAUUGGAUCCACGCUCACGAGGACUCUGCCAGGUUUUCCUGCCUCCUCUACAGCGCUGUAAAGUGUGAAGGCCUUGAGACUUGGGUACGCAUAUUACCACCUCAAGAGUGCCAGCACCAGGUAGUAGAGCAAGCCACGUGUCUCUGUGUGACGCCACCACCAGCUGAUAAAGCACAAGAAAAAAUAACUGACACCAGAGCCCUCUCUUUUCUUGUGAAGCUGGGAUUCGAAGGAGCCGAUCUGAGAUCUGUGCUGCUAGUGACUGAUAACGUCAUAGACUGCAUCGGUCUGAGUUCAGAGACUGAGCUGCGACUGAGUGAAAAACAGACAACGAAGUCUUGAAGAAUUGCACUGAGGUGCAAGCUGCAUUGAACCCUCUGCACGUAAUGCUGGUUGAACUGACAGAUUGCUGAACCAAACCUGUAACGGGACUGGUUAUUUGGGUGUCUCUCACUGUCAUUUUGCCUCUUGCUGUUACAUUGCUCCUUGUGUUAUCUUUCAAAGUCCAGAUGUUCUCCGAUAACUCACAUUGCCCUGACUGUGGGCAGCAGUGGUUCCCUAGUUUAGAACUAGGCCAUUGGUUGUACCAAACCGAACUUGUUGAGAAUGAAUGCUACCAAGUAUUCCUAGACCGUAUUAACAGGGCUGAUUAUUGCCCAGAAUGCUAUCCUGAUAAUCCUGCUAAUAGAAGCCUUGUUCUUCCUUGGUCUUUCCCACUAGAGUGGGCACCCCAAAAUCUCACCAGGUGGACCUUUGAAAAAGCUUGCCAUCCAUUUCUUCUGGGUCCUCCCCUGGUUAGAAAAAGGAUACAUGACUCCAGAGUAGCUGGUUUUAACCCUGCGUUACAGUUAAUCUUGACCAGAACAGAUAAAACCUUAAACAAAAAACUUGGCCAAAAUAAAUAACUUCUAUAAUGGUAAAAAUCAUGGAGACUGUAAAGGGUUUUGUGCUAGUAGCCCAAGGAAGAUGGAAAUACAAUUCAUUUCUUUUUUUCUUUCUUUCUUUUGUGGUGCUGGGGAUCAAACCUGGAGUCACACAUGCUAGGCAAGCACUAUGCCACUGAGCUACAUCCCCAGCCUCAUUUCUGAAUCUACUUUGGGGAACUGCUUAAAUUAUUGGGUCUGCUUCUGUGGCCUAAGCAUAUUUUGUUUAGCUUGACUUUAGUAUUCUAACCAGAUGGUCUAUCUAGAACUAGACUAAUCCAUAUAAACAAUGUUUUGAAACUAACUUGCCCUUCCUAAAAAGUUAUAUAGCCUAAUUAUUGACACACAAGGUAUUCCUACAGGGGAGACCCCAUCCUAUGUGCUCCAUAAUUGCAUUUCUAACAGUAACUUUUGUGGGAAAGCAUCCUCAUUGUAGCUGGAUUCUAGAUUCUUCCAAUAAACUUUAAUAAGAAACUAUAUUGUUCUAAAUUGCCCCUCUUCUACAUCUAUCACUGAUAAUGCGAUAUGUAUGAGUGUGUGUGUGCAUAUAUGUAUAGAAUUGAUGCAUAUGUAACUACUUACUCCUCUUGCUCUGUUUGGCCCAUCCUCAGUGUGCUGUCUAAUGUUAGUAACUGGUCACUGUCCGAGAAAUUACAUUCUGUUAGGCAACACAUACAUAGUUUACACAAAAAUAUGUAAAAAUGCUGCCUGUUUACAUUUUUAACUUGGCUCUGCAUAACCAAAGACUACCCUGUCUUUGUAGUGAUUGAAACUAAAAUGUCUUCUCUUAGAAAUGGAAAAGUACCUGUAUUGUGAGGUUUAUGGCAAAAGGAAUUACCAAGCUUGACUUUAUAUGAAUUAUGAAUGGUCUAGUGAAAGCAUCUUUCUUAGAACUAAGAAAGUCUUGCUGGCCACCUUCUGGCCUUCUCUUAUGAAAAUCAUGGAACAGAGUUGGAGUUAGGAAACUUGGGGAAAAGCUGUUGAAACCAUCUCAGAGGCCACUGAACAAUUUUCAGAUUAAGAUGUUAGUAAUCCAGUGCUUGUGUAGCAGCUCAACUUCAUUACUGAGGAUCCAGACUCCUCCUGGCCUUGCCUGCUAGGAUCCUGCUGUUUGAUUUCUAUCUUCAUGGUUGUUUCCUUAAUGAGCGUAGUAUGGUUUGUUGUUGCUCCAGACAUUUUAAUCCCAUCAGCAACUGGAAGCCAGGAGCAAAAGGUUUUCUUCAAGACUGUCUUGUUUGGGAGUAAAAUCUCACCCCCCCCCAGAUUCCUAGAAGAUUCCUUCUUACAUCCCACUGCAAGGUUUACAGGGAGCCUGGGGAAACCUGGCGAAGGGAAGUGGGGUUGGCAUUGCCUGGGUGGGGUAUAUCACCUCUGCUGAUAAAAUCAAGAUUCUUUUAGGAAGUAAGAAGUGGGGAUGAAUGGCUGUUGACACAACAAAUCAUACUUGCUGCAUGUUGUGAAACCUAUUUAUUAGUCUGUGUGAAGAAUGUAUCCCAGAGACCCACCCCUGUGUUCUGCCUUAUGUCUAUCAUGAUGAUUCUCUCCAGUUAUAUUGCUGAAUAAACUUUGUGGACUGCUAAAUGGAGUGAAGACCAGUUAGUUUGUCAUUAACCUGUGAUUCAGAACUCUCAUUUUUUAGAUAGAACUUUAGAAAAGUUGACUUUGAGACAGUGCUUUUGAGGAUAGUAUUAUGAUAAUAUUGUUGCACCUGCAUUUUUUCCAAUUAUUAGAGAAUGGUUAUGCUCCAGGGAUACAUGCUAGGAAACAUUCUACAUAUGUGAAUUUUAAAUAACAGCAAAAUGGAGAAAAGAUCUUUAUUUUUGUUUUAACCAACUUUAAAUAGUAAAGUCAAAGUAAAAGAAUUUAUACUAUUGAUUUCUCAAAUCAACACCUAAGCAAUACCUGACAGAACUUGUUCCAAAAAAUGCAAAUUUUUUGGCUCACUUAGUUGCUUGCAGGGCCUGGGAAUUUGCAUAUUAUAAAUAGCACCUCAGGAGAGUCAUGCUGGUGCUGUAGGGACUAUAGUUUGAGAAACACUGCAGCAGCACCUCCAUGGUAUUUACUUGGCUGGCUUAAAAGGAUGGAACUGUAUGAGGACUCCUAACACUGAAAGGUGGUGAUAGAGGUUGGGUGUUCCUAGUCUUGUCAGUGCUCAAAAACUUUGAAUUCUGGAGCAGUUUGAAUUUUUGGAUUAAGGAUACUUGAUCAAACCAGGCCUGGUAGCACACCAUGCCUGUAAUCCCAGCAGCUGAAGAGGCUGAGGUAGGAGAAGCAGAAGUUUGAGGCCCUAAAACAACUUAGUGAGACUCCUCAAAAUCAAAAAGAAAAAAGGCUGGGGGUGUGGCUCCGGGGUAAAGCACCAGGGGCUCAAUCCCCAGUACAAAAAAAAAAAAAAAAGAUACUUGACCCAUAAAGUCUAUGCACACAUUCCAAAAGCCUGAAAA